AUGUCCAUUAGGCGCCACGACUUAUGUUGCUUUUCUGAGUUUAGUUCCAUGGACGCUUUAAGAGCUACAUUGGAUAGUACUGAUGGUCAAGUGGCUACUGUUAGUCGAACUAGCUCACCACCUCCUUCGGAUCUUCUCAGUCCUCCUCCCGUUGUUGCUGAAUAUUGGUGUCAUACACAAGUGCGUGUAACGAAGAUGAAAUACGUUUGGACGAUAAGCAAUUUUAGCUUUUGUCGCGAAGAGAUGGGAGAGGUUGUAAAGAGCUCAUUUUUUUCCUGUGGCCCUAAUGAUAAGUUAAAAUGGUGUCUUAGAAUAAACCCAAAGGGCUUAGAUGAAGAAAGCAGAGAAUAUUUAUCACUCUAUCUUUUACUGGUUAAUUGUGGGACUAAAAGCGAGGCCAGAGCAAAGUUUAAAUUUUCUAUCCUGAAUGCAAAGCGCGAGGAAACAAAAGCAAUGGAAAGUCAACGCGCUUAUAGGUUUGUGCAAGGCAAGGAUUGGGGAUUCAAGAAGUUUAUUCGUCGAGAUGUGCUAAUGGAUGAGGCCAACGGUCUUUUACCAAAUGAUCGCUUGACGAUUUUAUGUGAGGUUUCAGUUGUGGGCGAGAUUCUUUCGGAAAGUGGACAGGUUAACAAUCAGCCUAUCACUGUUCCAGAAUGCAAUUUACAUGAAGAUAUCGGAAGCUUGUUAUUUAAACAACUGCUGACUGACGUUACUUUAGUUGUUGUUUCUAAUAAUCCACCAAAUGGGAAAUGUUUAAGUGAUUGUUCUAUAUCUCAUGUACAUCAACAUUCUUGUGCCUCAGGUCAUACUUUACCCGGUCUCAGUUCUGUAAAUGAACAAGUAACUAAAUUCUCAGCUUAUGAAUCAACAGGUGAAGAAGAUGAAGAUGAAGAUGACUUAGAUGAAGGUGAAGAAUUUGAUGAUGAAGAUGACGAUGAGGAAGAUGAAGAUGAACAACAAGAGAAUGAAAGUGAACGUGAAGAGGAUACACAAUCCAGUUAUAGAGAAUCACAGUUAACGUUAUUGGUUGAAGAUGGGAUUCAUUUAGCUUCUAAUGGUAAUAACAAUAAUAAUAAUGAACAAGGUGAAGCAGAAGCGGCUACAGCAACUCAUCGAGCUUUAGUCACUAAUGAUAAUCAUGCUUCCAGUACUUCGUCUCAUCCUAAUCAUCAGCUAACACAUGUAAUGUCCUCAACACUGACUCCAGCCACAACAACUAAUAUACCAACUAAAGGUAUAAUAGUUCCUAUUGCGUCUACUAAUCCUAGUCCAUUGUUAGUCCCAUGUACGGGUGGUGCUUCAGAUCCAUCCUCAGUAAAACAAUUUCCAUUAGAUAAUCCAACUAACAAUGUUUCUAAUGGUGAUUGGCGUUCAGCCACAUCUUCUUCCAGCUUUGUUUCUGCUCAAGGGCAUGCAAAUCGUGACGAUCAAGAAGUGAAAUCAAAUGGUAUUUGUGAUGUUAGUCAAAGGGCUUCCGAUGGCACCUGGUCUUCGUCCAAAAAUGGUGUUCAUCGGUGCCGGAUGUCUGGUUCAGUGCCGUCCACAUCCUCUGCCUUGCCGACAACUACUGAUUCUUCAUCAUCUUCCACUUCGAGCGGUAAGAUGAAACAAACUGCUGGACAUAACGCAGAUGUCGGUAGCAGCAGCACAACCACAAGUAGCACAACUAUUAGUCAAAGUAGCUCUCUUGUCAACACUGUAUCUACUCCUUUAAUUACUUCGAAAGAGGAAUCUGAAGAUACCGAAGAGUCUGUUGAAGCGGAAACCUCUGGUACUUCUAGUCGUGUACGGCGAAGUACACGUAGAAGAAACACUACUUCAACUACCACAACUUCGAAUCGUCCACGCAACCGGACUAGUCGGGAUUCAUCACUUCUGGCUACUGUUUCAAAGGCUGCUUCAACCACUUCAUCUCAUUCUAAUCUCGUCGCAACCCCAUCGAGCUCUACCGCAUGCUCGUUGGGUACAACAAAUCAAACUGUAAAGUGUUCUAGCAUGGGUACCAGUAAUAAUAGUAGUUCAACGGUAAAUGGAGCUUCAAGUUCUAGUGUUGUACUUCGCCAAUUCGAAGCACACAAAGCUAUUCUAGCCGCUCGAAGCCCAGUUUUUGCUGCGAUGUUUGGACAUGGCAUGGAGGAGUCCAGAGCGAAUAGGGUUGAAAUCACGGACAUGGAGCCAGAUACCGUUGCAGAAGUUUUGCGUUACAUAUAUACGGGACAAGUUGUUGGUAUGAAUCGACUCGCUCACGAGCUAUUGGCAGCAGCUGACAAGUACCAGUUGGAACGAUUAAAGACAAUGUGUGAAGAGGCUCUUGUGGAAAGUCUUUCUGUAGAGAAUGCAUGUGAUAUAUUUGGUCUUGCUGAUAUGCAUAACGCAGAACAAUUGAAAGCACAUACGUUAGAAUUUAUAAUGCUCCAUGCUCAUGAUGUGUGCGAAACUGAAGGCUAUGAACAGCUGGUUCGACAUCGUCCACGUCUACUAAAUGAGUGCUUUCGAAGUUUAGCUUCACAACAACUUCCUCUUCGAUGUUGGGCCCGUAAACGUCCAAGGCAAUCAUAA